GCUAUUUAAUAAAGAGCAAACAUUUUAUUGGCACACAUCAGCAGUUUACUUGAGAACUUUCUACUACCAGAAUAAGUGCGAACAAACAGCCAAAACAAUUUUCUCUUUCUGGGUGUAAACAGAUGAAGAUUCUUCUGCAGUCGGGUCAACUGACGACAUUUUUGUCAGAAACUGUUUCUGUUUUUUGUACAUCUGCUUGAUAUAUAUUUUAUUUUAAAGAAACUUUUGCACGAUUCAUAAGACGUGCACCGAAAUAUUUCGUACAAGUGACAAUUAAACAUCACCAUCAUUGAGGAAAAUAGCGGAGGGCCACCAGUGGCGGCACUGGUGGCAGACUCUAGUCAAAGAUCUUCUUUAGAAAUGUCUUCCAACGCUGAUUUUUUUGAUGACAACCAGGGGUUGGACAUUUGUAGAGUAUGUAGAUCAGAAGGUUUGCCCGAUAGACCUUUAUUUCAUCCAUGUAUUUGUACCGGAAGUAUCAAAUGGAUUCAUCAGGAAUGCUUAAUUCAAUGGAUGAGAUACAGCCGGAAGGAGUACUGUGAACUAUGCAGCUACAGAUUUUCAUUUACGCCUAUUUAUUCUCCUGAUAUGCCUCGUCGUCUUCCACUCCGAGAUGUUGUUAGUGGUCUUCUUACAAGUGUAGCUACUGCAGUGCAUUACUGGUUACACACCACAUUGGUUGUUUUGGCUUGGAUUGGAGUGGUUCCCAUAGCAGCAUGUCGUAUUUAUCGUGUGUUGUUCAGUGGGUCAAUCCAAUCUGUUUUGGAACUUUUAUCUGUGGAAAAUAUGGCACUUGACAUGUUGCACGGAGGCAUUGUUGUUACCUGUACCUUGCUUGCGUUUAUUGGUCUUGUUUGGCUGAGAGAACAAAUUCUACAUGGUGGGGCUCUGGAUUGGGUUGAGAAUCCCCCUGGUGGUGCUCAAGAUGUCAACAUUCCCCUUGUGCCUCAUGUUGUGCCUGGUAUUCCUGCUCCUGACAACAACAAUCAAAAUGCUAUGAAUGUACAGGAUGAUGCUGGUGAAGCGGAUCCAGUUGUGGACCCAGGCCCUGCAAAUCCUCCAGAAGCUCCUAUUGAGGGGGACUUUGGAGAAGUUGCUGCUGCUGGUGAUGGUGUCGCACCUGCUGGAGAAGCAGCUGCAGACGAAGCUAACUGGAACCCUAUUGAAUGGGAUAGGGCAGCUGAAGACCUCACAUGGGAGAGGCUUCUUGGCUUGGAUGGAUCCUUGGUAUUUUUGGAGCAUGUGUUUUGGGUUGUUUCUUUGAACACAUUAUUUAUUCUGCUCUUUGCAUACAUUCCGUAUCAUGUUGGUCAUGGAGCUGUGGUUGUUCUUGGCCUUCAUGAGUAUGCCAUGGCUGCUCACUUUGAAGGACUUGUCACUACUCUCUGUGGAUAUUGUGCAAUUGGAAUGAUAUUUGUCAUACUUCAAGGCCUAGCAUCAUUGUUUGGACUCAUUCGAACUAAGCGCUUCCUCAGGCUCUGCUACAUUGUUGUCAAGGUUUCUUUGUUGACUGUUGUGGAAUUAGGCAUUUUACCUUUGAUCUGUGGCUGGUGGCUUGACAUCUGCUCCCUUUCAAUGUUUGAUGCAACUCUAAAGGAUAGAGAAGCUAGUUUCCGCCUGGCACCUGGCACUGAUCUGUUCAUUCAUUGGCUGGUUGGCAUGGUUUAUGUGUACUAUUUUGCCUCUUUUAUUCUGUUAUUGCGGGAAGUAUUGCGACCUGGUGUCCUCUGGUUCCUUCGCAAUUUAAAUGACCCUGACUUUAGCCCUAUUCAGGAAAUGAUCCACCUUCCUAUUCUACGCCAUAUUCGUCGCCUUGUUGCGUCGGUUGUGAUAUUUGGAAUGGCAGUUUUGCUCAUGUUGUGGGUUCCAGUUCGUAUUUUACGAUGGGCAUGGCCUACAUUUUUACCAUACACCGUAGCUCUUCAUUCAGACACUCAAGUUAAUGAACUGUCGCUUGAGUUGUUGCUACUUCAGGUGAUUUUGCCUGCCUUGCUUGAACAGUCUCAUUCACGUAUCUGGCUUAAGUGGCUGGUUGGCCUCUGGUGUCGCUUCAUGGCCUGGUCACUAGACCUCCACAGUUACCUGCUAGGCGACGAAGAGCCUCCUUCUCAGGUGCCGCAGCCAGGGCAACAAGGGGCUCAGGCUGACGGUCAGCAGGCACCAGAGCAGCCCGAUGCCGACCCUGAGGACGCCGCAGCAGACGACGACGAGGCUGCUGCCGCCCCUGCGGUCCCCGUCGCCCCUGCGGUGCCCGCCGCCGCCGUCCCUGCCCCCGCGCCACCCCUGGCUGGUGCUGGCGGUGUCGGCCUGGGGGGCAUGGGCGGUGCUGGGGGCCUGGGCGCCGCCCACCACGCCCUGUUCCAGCCCCACGCCCCGACGGGCUACCGCCCGUACAAGCGCCCCUCGCUGUUCUGGGUGCGGCUGGUCGCGCUCGUCAUGGCCAUGGGGCUGUCCCUGGUGCUGGCCAGCCUCAUCGCCCUCACCGUGCCCGUGUGGGUGGGCCGCCGGGUCAUGAACCUGUGCCUGGUGGGCUCCGUGUCCCAGUCCAGCUCCUCGGGCCGAGUGCACGAGCUCUACACGGCGGCGUGCGGCAUGUACUUGUGUUGGCUUGGGGCGAGGGCCUUUGCGCUGAUGCUCAGCUGGCUCCCUCAGGGACGAGCUGCCAUGAUUGCGAGGGUGAAGCAGUGGUUUGUGUGGAGUGUAAGAGCAGCGGUUGCAUUCUCUGUAUUACUUGGCCUAGUACCUCUGCUCUUUGGUCUUCUUUUGGAACUAGUAGUUGUUGUACCGUUACGCGUGUCUCUAGAGCAGAGUGCUGUUCUCUUCAUGUGGCAAGACUGGGCCCUUGGUGUACUAUACACCAAAAUAGCAUGUGCCAUCGCAAUGAUGGGGCCAGAGUGGUUCCUCAGAAGAACAAUCGAAAGAGCUUACAGAGAUGGCAUUCGUAAUAUGGAUCUUCGUUUCAUCUUGAAUGACUUAGCUGCACCUCUUGUGUUUUUCUUUGGGCUAGCUUUGUCCAUUCCAUAUGCAACUGCUCAUGGGAUUGUGCCACUGUUUGUUCAGUCCCCGCAUAUGCGAAAUUUAAUUGCAAGGCGCAUCUAUCCUUUUGUUCUUCUGGUGGGGAUAGUUGCAGCUUUUGUCUGUUUCCAGAUACGACAAUUCCGGAAAUUGUAUAAUCAUAUUAAAGACAGCAAGUACUUAGUAGGCAGAAGACUUGUCAACUAUGACCCAAGACGACACAAAUCUACAUCAACAAAAGAUUGAAGGAUGUAUGUUAAUGCAUUGCAGAGCCUGCAACUAUUUAGUUAUAACUAAAUUUAAUGGUUUAAUUCAAUUGUCUUGUUACUCAACAUUAUAUCUUAAAAAGAUACUUUUGUUACAGAAAGAGAAAUGGUGUGUUCUCUUUCGUGUUCAUGUUGUAUUUUCUGAAGGCAUCAUAGAAAUCAAUCAACAGUUUCCACUUGGCAUCUCAUUGAGCUCUCACCAACUUGUUGCACAUAAACUGUCAGUAUUAAAGCAGCAGCUAAUUUGCUAUGUCAGUGCAGAAAGUAAUUGUCUAAUCAAGGUUACACUUUCUACUGUUUUCUUUUUUUUAUCAUGAUUUUGAAUCUCAAACAACUUGGUCUUAAACGUUUAACUGCUUGCUAAGGCCCAUCUUUUAUUUAACUUCUUCCUUGUAUCUGCAUUGCACAUACCUAGUUGCAUUGAGUAUAAUUUCUUAACACUUUCUAUGGUUCUAUUUGCAACACAAUGGUACAAACUUGUGUAUUUUGGAUGAUUUCUUUCAUAUUUGACGUCAAAAUGUUGACAGGCAGGUCUCGGUUGAAUUAAUACUGUAACAAGUUUGUGAUUAUAUGGAAAAGUUGCUUUAUUUUUCUAUAUUGGGCUUACAACCUCAAAAUUAUCAUUUGUGUUCAAUAAGUUCAGAACAUCACACAUAUUUUUUAAUCCUUUGCUUAAACUUAAAAGGUAAAUCAGCAUUUUGAGUUUUGAUGAUGUGUAAUAUAUUUCUAACAAUAAAUUAUGUAAAGGGGUACUGAAUUGAUGAUUCUUGGUUGAUAUGUCCACUUUAAAAAGCAAUAUGCAACCUUGAUUAUAAUCAUCAGAUGAGUCUGUGAUUUGAUGUUAGUAAAUGUGGCUUCUGCUUAUAUCCUGGAGAGGAGUAUAAUUUUAUUAACUAUUUGUAGUGCUUUUAGAUACAUGUUAUAGUUUGUGUUGAGGCAAGGCCUUUUUAAUCCAUGUUGACUGAAACCCUUUCUAUAUAUUUAUCGCACCAGAGUUGUUCAAGUAGUCACACAGUCUGAGGGAACUGAAGGGUUUAUGAUAUCCCUACAACUAUAUGUUUUCUGACAUUUCUAGAUUUACUAACUAAUAUUCUACUGUCUUCUCUCCUCUCCCAGGUUGAGCAUUUGGUCAUUUGGUUUAGUUUAAAAGAAAUUCCCUCGCUUGUUCUUGUUGAUUUGUAAUUGUUUUUCUUUUUACAUCUUGAGCUGUAUGUGAACUAGAAUUGGCGCUGGGUAACUACCAUAGUCAUGAAGCUUUGACUUGAGCUUUGGCAUGUUCAUAUAAUAUUACUAUAUCUUUUUUGAGCUGCAACAGCAAUGUCACUCUAGAAAGUCGAUUUGGGUACAUGUGUUAUGUGCAAGACAGAGCAACUUAAUGUUAGCUUGCACUAUUAUGUUACUGAGGUCCAAUUGAUUUUUAAUUAUUUUUUUGGUGGGAUCUUUUAAGUCCUUCACUAGCACUUUCUUCAAGUAUUUCUACAGCUGUCUGGCUAUAUUUAGAAUGAGUAACAACUUGAAAGUUUAAUGUCAGUGCCACCCUCCAUAGGAGAGUAUUGAAUUCUCUGGUGGUGGCGUAUCUCAGGAGCUUUGUGCCACAGAUUUUAUUUAUGUGAUAUGAACAGAUGCUUGCAUCAGACUUGUGCUGUAUUGUUGAUUCAGCAGUUUCCUCCUUUCUCAUUGUUUUGUCUGUUAGGUCUUUCUACGUGCACUUAGGUAGAUAAGGCGUAGACUUUUUCUUUUCCCAAUAUCUUGCACUUGUAGUUAACCAAAUUUAGAUUACAGAGAUAAAUUAGUAAUCUUUUUACUAGAGAAUUGCUUAUGUUGCAAGCUUAUCAAAUAUUUCUAUGUGUCAAAAAUAUAUAGCUUUAUUUCUCUAUUUUCUAUGAUAGGCCCAGAAGCUGAGACUGUUCAUGUUAUGCUGUGAUAAGGAAUUGUCAAAAUGGAAAGCCAUGCAUGUUGCGCAUUUUGCUUUGCUCUUCACCCCACUUAAAUGUCUAAAUGCCCUGGUGGUAAGAGUGUUUUGAAUAUUCUGUUUAAAUACUUCCCCAUUGUAAAAGAGCCAACCUAUCAGUUUGGAAUUUUUUUUCCCCCCACACUAAAACUUAAGAUAUGGGAGAUCCUUUCCUUUAGAUUUUUUGUACCACUUAGAGUCGGGACAAACCCAAAGGAGAGUUGCACAGGCCUUCUGAAAAACUUGGAUGGUUGUGUCUUCAUCUGGAAAAUCAAAGCUACCUUUUACAAAAAUUCAUAUCUAGUGAAACUCACAAUUUCGCUCUUAAAAAUUAUUUUGGGAAAGUGUACAAGUUGUUGAUUCAUGAACAGUUCAUGUUUUAUUUUUCUCACCAUCUUUAAAAAUAAGGUGUGUGUAUGUAUAAAUGGCUACAAACGAAUUUGUGAUUGAAAUAUUCUAGAUUAUAAGUAAUGAGAAGUGUGGAAGUCUUUUUGUUAGUCAUGUACAAUAUGUCGCUUAGUCAGUGAUUUUCCAUUAUUCCCUUCUCAAUGAUUGUUUUGUUUGUACAGUUCCCCCCCCCCCCCUUUAAUUGCAGUUGGCCUCUGAAGGCCAUGCACUUCUAUUCUAAGUUUAUAAUUUGUCUGUGUGACAAGUUCCGUUCAUGUGCAGAGCACAAACUUUGUGUGUCUUGUACUUGAAUUGCAUAAAAACGAAUCAGCGUCUCUUCAAGAAAAAUAAAAGUUCUGUUACAAAAACGAAAA